UUGAUUGGUUAUUUUUUAAAUUCAUUCAUUCAAGAUUCAACUUGAUCCGAACAUUGGCGUGGGAGAAAUAACGUGUACAAUAAUCUAAGGGGACAAAACCCCAAAUACCUUGCUGAAUCUCCGAAGAAUUAUUUUCCAUUGUCUGUAUCAAAUGAAUUAAUUACCAGUAAUUUAUUGACCCAUCGGUUAAUUUUUCCACUGAUUCAUGUAUUGUCUUCGCCAAUGAAUAAUUUUGCAAAAUUUAAAACUUGAUUCAAGAAUGGGUGUGGGAGAAAUAACGCGUUCAAAAACCUUUUACUGGCCAGACUGACUUGAUAUAACUUUGUAAUAAAGGUAACUAAAUACGAUUUCUGUCCAGUGACCUUUCUAGUUGCUAUUGUAUUUCGUUAGCAAUCUUAUAAGUUAAAAAGAAAGAAAAAAAAAGUUUAGCGGAAAUUACUUAUGAAACAAUAUUGUUAUUGAAAAGAUCACGUAAAGUCGGUGAAAUCUGUUGCUUGUAUCAGGUUUAAUUUGCAGUAAUUUUUAGUCGCGGUAAAAAAUACUUAUUAUUGUCUGCCCUGUAGAUAAACGAGCUGUCAUGGUUUUUAAUAAUUUAUCUAGAAUCAAGCGAAAACAAAAGGAGCAAAAGAACGAAGCAAAACAUGGAGAGGGAAAAAAAUACAUUAAUUAUCCUGACACAUAUACUUCUGUCCACUGCGUGUUGUCGUCUGCUGUGCUCAGGGCACGUGGCUAGAUAUAAAUUGUUACUAAGUAUAGACACGGGGCGUAAAGACAGACAUGUGUAGAGAAUGGCCUUUUUGGUUACCGUGGUCUAUUGUUUAUCUCUAGUUGAAAACACACACCAGUGUGCCAACGUGGCUAUUUAUCAAUGACUGAGCUAAGGGGUUGAGCUAAGAGUCGUUGAUGGAAUGUGCUGGUGGGCGAUUCUUGGGUCUUCAAACACGCUCGGAUAAACUUUGUUUUCUUCUGUUGAUAUUUAUAAUGAAUGCCCCGUUUCUUGCUUUAUCGAGUUACGUGGUGUAGGGAAAAUCUGAGACACUGAGUCUUAGUAAAUGAUUAAACAAUUUUUGAAACACUUUGAGGUUGAUCUGGUGAUCUACGUGUUUUCAUUGUAUGGAUUAUUAGACUGUUGAUUCUGGAUGACAAAGUGGUCCGUUAUGUGGUGAAACGUGUUCAUUCAUAAUAUUAAUCAACAUUUUACACUGGGAUUAACAACCACCCUGAGGCCGUGUGUAGAUUUGUGAGCCAAUGGCAGGACAGAUGGAGAAACGGUACAUCAGUCAUAAGUUGUCUCGUGUUGACAAUCUCGUCAGUUUAGCCUUGAAGUAUGGCGUGCCAGUCGGUGACCUGAAGAGGGAGAACAAACUCUGGAACAGCGACCACCUGUUUCUCCGAGAGCACCUCCUGAUCCCCCUCACGGCCGAGAACGAGAACGCCCUCGACGUAGACAACGACACCAUCGUGGUUUACAACGGCACCACUGUCGUGAAGGCGUCCACCUCCUCCCCGUCCGCGUCUCAACCACACCUCCCCAACGGGAGCUCGAACUCAGAUUCUCUUCCCUCCUCCUCGUCGUCUCGCUCGGCGUCCAAGAAGUCUUCCAGGUCGCAGUCCAACGGCAGUGACCCGGACGCCAUCGAAAGCGCGGCGGAGCCCAAGACCAACGCCAGCGAGUUCUUCAACAAGUACGACAACAGUAUAGCCAGGCUGAAGGGCGACGUGGCCAAGCUGGGGAAGAACGCAGCAAAUUUGAAUGGAAUCAUUGAUGCCAAUCCUCUGGCGCUCCCACCUCGCAAGAGCUCAUCAUCAUCAUCCCGUAGGGGAAGCAACUCUUCCACUAGUUCUGCAAGCGAAAGGAGAGGGCGUUUCUUAUCUGAGGAAGAUGUCAACAGUUCCCCAGUCCUGAUGAUCCGAUCACGAACAAAUAAUAAGCAGGUCAAGACGGCUAUUGAAAAUUUGGAGCAGGUUAACGAUGACAUAUUUGAAUUGUGAUGCUGCCCUUAAGAGCUAGGAAACAUAAACUUUCUUUUUUUUUGGCAUUUGUUUUUAAAUUAUAAAGCAAAAAUGAUUUUGUUUUGUUUCAUAGAACUUCUUCCAGAGCAGAAAUAUUAAGAUACAUGUUUUCACAUUAUAUUGCUGGAUUGAAUAGUAGAUCACUUUUACAACACUUUUACAACAUAUGAUGUUGACCACAGAGUUAUAGAGAUGUAGGCAAAUUAAGUUUGGUUAGUUCCAUCAUCUUAAAUUUGGUAAGAACUAAUCUUAAUUUUAAGUACCGGUAUAGUAAAGUUAGAUAUUAACUUUUGGCAGUUGCUAGUAUAUUAUGGGUCUCACUGAUGCAUCUAAAUAAAAAAACACUUAUUUCUACUACGAAUAACCUUUUGUACAGUAUUUUUAUCCAAAUAUUUCACAAUGUAAAAUGAUAUAGAAAACUAUCAAAAUCUUCAUUAUUCUGCUUCUAGCUUGAACUCUACUUUAAUGACUUCUUUAUCAUGUCAUGAGACAUUAUUAAUACUGCAUGUCCAUUUGGAUAUUUUUUAAAAAUUUAUAUGUGAAAUGUCUGAAAAAGCCAAAUAAAAAAAAAUCUAGUGUAUCCCUGCACCCCCCUUUUCCCCAAUGUUUUCAAACUAUUCCAUAAUAUUGGUUGUGAUACUAGAAUCACAUCUAGUUCAUCUUGUAAUAUCCAUUUUUGUAUUUCUGCUGUUUCAAUGGGCCAGUAAUUGAUUAGGCUUUUUGUAAAAAAAAAAAAUUUGCUUGCAUGUUACUAAUCCUUUAUUAAAUAAAUGAUGUUUGGAUUAUUUGAAAAUUUAUUGAAAAAUACCGUAGUUAUUAAAAUUUUGUUAUAAAAUUUGUUAUUAUUUUUUUGCAUUCGAUUUUUUCACAUAAACUUUUAGUUAAUCAGAGACUCUCAAAAUUGAAAUGUAAGGAGUCAUAAUUAGGAUUAUGAAGUAAAUAGAAAUAACAUUAGUUCAGUGUUUAAAAAUUUAAUUGAAGCUACUGUUAUAUCCUAGUCAAUAUCAAUUCACCAAAAAAUGUUACUUGGAAACUAUUGAAUUCAAAUUUCAAACUGAAAAAAAAACAACAAUAAAAGAAUUAAUUUUAAUUAACUUUAUUAAGAAAAUAAAGUGAAAGCUUCAUAGAAAACAUUAAGCAAGGAUGGUUUAUUGAUCUUGACUGCUGCUUUACUGGAAUAUUUAAACAUUUCAACUGAAAUUUGAAUCAUAUUAUUGCUUAGCCACUAGAGGAGGCAACAAUAAAUUUGUGUAGAGUUGACCCAAUGGCUCAAAGUGGAUUGGGUGAAAUAGAUCUUUCUGUCUUUACCUUCAUCAGCUGAUUAAUAACAAUGAGACUUGUGUAAACUAUCUUGUCAACUCUCCCAAUGUGUUAGCCUUGUGUGGGCCAUUGAAAUCUUCGAAGUUCCCUACAUUAGCAUGUAUAUUUCUGAAAUGUCUCUUGAGUUCAAUGUAAAUUCCAUUCUGCAAGCGUUUUUAUUUGGUAUGCUAAAUCAGACAAUCAGUUAUCUUAUGUUUAGAAAUGUGCAAUUUGUAUUAGUACCCCAUAGUAAGAUGGUUUAUUGAUCUAUACGUAGGCUAAUUUUUGCUUUAUUUAAACAAUUCAACUGAAAUUUGAAUCAUAUUGUGCUGAGCCACUGAGGAGGCAACAAUAAAUUCAUGUAAAAAUGGCUGUGAACCAAACUACUGUAAAUUAUAUUGUACAUAUGUAUCUUUCUUUUUGUCUGAUUCAUCAUUCAGUCAUAAUCCUGUUGGUAUACCUAGCUAUUUAGACCUGUUACGAAUUAAUCCUGAAACUAAAAUGAUCUAAGUGGACUUUUAUUUUACACUGAUAUGAAAAUUAUUUAAAAUUUAAUUAAAAAAUGGUUUUGAAACUCAUUUGGCUUACACUAGAGGGCAUGAGAAUGUCAUAAAAUCUAUUAUUUUGUAUAUCAUAGAAAGUAGAACAAUCUAGUAAUACUUAUUUGUAACACACUUUUGUCUUUGGAUAUUGAAAAGCUCAAAAUGGUCGCAGCUGUAAAUUAAUGUAGUUGGCUGGAUUAAUUAUUGAUACAUUAAAAUUAAUUGUUUUUUUCUUAUAGGUAUGCAUAAACUUACAAACAAAAUAAUCUGUUUUUACAGUUAUGUUUUUAGGGUUAAGCUGAUUACAAUUGUUAUUUCAAAGUUUUCUAUACUGUACUUGCAUAAAAAAAAGUGUUUUUCUUGAUUUAUACAAGUAUUCACCAUUAAUCAUCAUGAUAAUUUGACUUACAGAAUGUAUUGAUGAUAACAAAAUCUUAAUGUUUCAUCAUGUAUCAUGAUUUGAAACAUUUUUACAAAGCUUAUAUCAACUCACUCUGUCUGUCUGGCCAAAAGUUUGUACAUGUUAUUUCUCAAACACUCAAUCUUGGAUCAGGCUGAAAUUUUGCAAAAUAAUUUAUUUUACCUGACAACACAAGAAUCAAUGUAAAAUAAAUGAACCAAUUAGUUAAUUAACUAUUGGUAUUAUUAUUAUUUUUUCAGUAUCUCAAACAAGGAAAAUAAUUUCUACUUGACUGAAGUGGUUGUAUAAUCUGAAUUAGUCCCCUUUUUAGAUUGUCGUAUGAGACUUAGUGAACACAAACAUGAACUAGAAACAAUAGAUAACUAUCUUCCAUGUUCAUAGACUCUUCAUUAAUAGAGUUGUUACCGUGUUGGCUUGCGAAGGUAUGAGAAGGCUUUAGCCCACAAGUUUGAAUUCAGGUCGUUCCCUUUUAUUUUUUAAAAAUACAUUUAAAUGUGAUCACCCAGAUACCUUGUUCUUUCUCCCCCUCCCCUUUCCAAUUGGUCCAGACUGAGAAAGCUAAAAGCAUGAAAUUGCGCUAAAAAAAAAUUGAUAAAAAAAUAUUUCUAAUCACACAGAUUUAUUAUUGUAAGUCUUGAUCUGUUACAAAUUUAAUUACAUGACUGAUCCAAAUAACUGAUACACUAAAUAUAAUUUUUUUUUUCGUAUUUGCUUGUUUUAAAUGGGUUUAGGCAUAUAGUGGAAUUUAUUUAUAUUUUUUUAUGCUAAUUUUUUUUAGGUAUCUUUGUUAAAUAGUUCACGUUCUUUGUAUGAAACACUGAAAUAAUGUUAAGAAGUUUUAAGUAGCAUUUUAUUAAUACAACAUUUUGAUUUUUUUUUAAUGGCUGUAUAAUUUAGUAAUAGAUAUACAUAAUUUAGUAAUAGAUAUACAUCUUUGUCUCAUGGCUAUUCUUAAAUUAUUUUGGCCUUACUAAUGUGCAAGAUACCUCCAAGCAAGCAAAAUUACUUUUCAUCUAUGAAGCAUUUUGUUUUCAGCUGAGACACAUUAUUGUUUUGAUGCACUCAACAUUUCUCAUCAAUUUUAAGUACCAUGUUUGUCUUGAGUCAUCCCAACAUCAUCAGUGUCCUGAUGCGCAUGAUCAACACUUUUCUGUUUUCAAUCAGUUUUCUUACUUUGACUCUCACAAAGGGUAUAUUACUCAUUGGUUUACAUUCAAAACUAGUCUAUCCUUCUGCUCUGCAAUCUUAGGAAUGUGGCAAAUUUAAUAGGAUUUGUUCAGUUCAGAGAUCAUUGGUAUAUAAUGACAUCUUGAUUUAAUCCUAAGGAUCGCACGAAUAUUAAAAUGUUCAUUACAAAGAGACCUGCUGACCUCAGAAAUCUGACUUCUUUCGAUGUUUGGUGGAAGCAAAAUUAAAUGAUGAAAUAUUUAAUAUAAAUAUUUUUCUUUUAUCAGUUAUGUGUAUUUGAGUAUGUCGAAUCAAGGAUUAGAAUAAUAGCUUUUAUUAUCCCUCUGGUUUAUUAUCCACUGCUGCAUAUUGGUGCAUAAUGUUGUGAAAUUUAAAAUGAAGUCUGUUCAAGAUAAAUAUUUCAUGUCCUUUAGCCAAAUUUAAAUUAUUUUUUAUAUACUUUGAAAAAUAUGAAGGUCAAACUAGAAUUUUCCCAGUGUGGCCAACUAGCUUGGAGACGAAAGGCCCAGGAGAGAUCUGAAUGGAAGGAUGUGUUAAGCAGGCCAGAGCCCUCCAUGGGCUGUAGCGCCACUGGGAUGGAUGGAUGGCCAACUAGCUAGUAAUUCUUUUCUGAAAGAUAUACAUCAAUUGUCAAAUUUCACAGAAAAUCGUUUGAGCCGUUUUUGAGAUCUAUGUCCAGGUUCCGUUUCUGUCCAUCUGUUGUUUUUUUUCCGAUGAAUGUGCAAGCUGAAUAGAGGAAUUGUACAAAUAUAUGUGGAGAGAGUGAUAGAUUUUUAUACAAAAUGAGUAAUAUAUGCAGUUUCAGAGCAUGUGCAUUUACACUAACAUGUUGCUAUCUUUUCUGUUUAUAAAUUUUUUCCCACCUUUUUUGUAGCAGACUGCAUCUUAGCUAGGUAUCUUAAGAAAUAAUAGUAUGUACAUAAAGCACCUUUUCUGUUGUCUCAUUUAUUUAUAAUUUUUUUUUCAUGUUGAAGAACUGUGGCCCAACAAGCAACUGAAACCGAGCUAGAUAUUUUAUGGCCUGCUUAAUUAAAAUUGGUUAGCACUAUUUUCCUUAUUUCAUUUUAGCUAUGAAACUAAAAUGAUCUAAGUGGACUAUUUUUGUGUGUAAGCUAUUAAUUAAUGAAUAAUUGACAUUAUCCUCCAUUCAUCCAAGUGGCAUUACAACCCAUGGAGGGCCCUGGCCUGCUCUAGCACAUCUUUCCAUUCUGAUCUAUCCUUUGCUUUAGUCUCUAUGCCCAGACUCUUAGUUGUUAUAGAUUUGCCUCUACAUCAUCAAACCACUGUACUUUUUUAGUCUGCCUUUGGUACUGACAUUAUCUAUCAGGACUUAUCAUGUAAGCCUAUCUGUUUAGCCCCUUUACCAUUUUUCUGUAUCUUGCAAUUUAUGCUCUCACUCUUUAUUGUUCAGCGAACCUGGUCCCUUAACAAUGCAAUUGGAACAGGUGUGUAAUUGUGUUCUAGUCCAUAUACCAGUUUCUCGCAAAACCUGCUGUAUGAUAUGCAUCUAUAAAUAUAUAUAUAUAUAUUAAAUGUAUAUAUUAUUUAUUCAUCUUGUCCUAAUAAUUAAAGUGUAUAUUUUUGGCACACCUGAUUGAUGUACUUGUAUAAGUUACCUACUUUUGUGAAAUGAAGUGUACAUGUUAUUAUGAUGUUCAUGUUGUUGUUUUUUAUUGGAAAAACUUAAAUAUACUGAUAAUAAGCAGUUUUUUUUUCCCUUUAAUGUUAGAUCUAAAUAGUGAACAGAUUAUAAAUAAAAGGGUUAAAGGUAUCUACAAUUUUCUUUUAAGUUUCUAAAAAGGAUAUUCAUCAAGUUAGGCAAAUUAUUGUAAGCUUACUUUUUUUUUUUUUGUUGACUUGCUUUGAACAUUAGUCCAUUUUAUAACAAAAGUGUUUUUUUUAAUGUGAGUAACAAGUAAAAAUUUUGAUUGUUGGUAAUUUUGUUCUUCUCUUCUCAGAACUUAAAUUCAUGGUUAGAUUUUUGUUUAGAUCAGUGGUCAUCAAAAUUUCAGAAUAACUUCAAUGCAAAGAUAAGAUAUUUAGAGAAGCUGAAAUUCUCCACUGUAUCCUCGUUGGCCAAAACAUUUGUCAUGUGUCAUGAACCAACAGAAAUAGUUGAAGUUUAUCCCCUAGUUCAGAUAAGUGAAUGAGAUUUCUUUUUGUAAGGCAUUUUUUACUCAGUGCUAAACAGUUGGCACACUCUAGAUAAUAUGACUUUUAUUAUUAGACUUUAUUCUUUUUAUACAAAAGAGGCAUCAUAGAACAAAUGCAGUUUCAUAAUCAGAUUUUCUUUCACAUGCUUUAUUUUAGCAUUUACAUUGUCAUUACAAUUUCUUUUUGCUCAAUAAUAGUUUCAUACUGUUACUCCAUUCAUUUAAAAAAAAAUAAGAGCAUAUUUUCCUCCAUAUGCAGAAUUUAUUUUUAUUAUUUAAUUUUCUUUUUAUCAUUUCAUAAUAGAGGCUGCACAUUACUGGGUUUUGGGGAGAUUAUUUUUUUAGAGCUCGAAUCUGUAUUUAGAAGAAAAUCAAUAAAAAAAAAAUGUGUUUACUAAAUUGAAAACUUUUGUAAUUGUAAUUGCCUCUUGUACAGGUUUUAUAUGUAAACAUUUUUAUUGGAGUUGAAUGUUGGGUAAUGUUGUACAUAGGUUUGUCUUUUCAAGUGCUUGUUGGUGAAAAUAGUUUGCAAUAAAUUGAAUAACUGAUA